CUAUAUCAUUGAUACACAAUGAAACAUCAGUAAUAUAUAAUGUAGCUACUGUACACAUGCAGAACAAAUUCAGGUUUGGAUUUGCUUACUUUUACCCAACUAAAAAUGCUGUAUUUCUCCUGUUCUGUCUUAUACUAAAUGAGAUCUGAAGCAGAUUUAAAUAAUAAAGCAUAAGCUUUUUGAUUUGAUAGCUCAUACUUCACUCAUCUUGCAGUCAGUUUUAACAUCAAAAUGACAUGCAAUUUUGUAAUUCAAUGCUUUAAUAUCAUCUCUGAAACUGAAGAUUAAAAUAAAUGUAUAGUCAAAAUCAGUUUUUUGCAGACAUCUGAAGAUAAUGAGUGCUAUAGAUAAAUUAACAAUGUAAAUGUGUGCUAAGUCCCAAUAGGUCCCUGUGAAAAAUUUAACUAUUUAAUCACUGCUUAUUUGAUUUUGUGUGUUUACAACAUGCAGUUUUUGCCAGUUCUGGUUUGUUUUCUCAACAAGAGAUCACUAAAUGCAGUCUCUACUGAUUCCUGUAGUAUGUUUUAUUGCUUGUGAAAUUGCUCUUCUGUAUUUCAAGAGGUAAUACAGAAAAUAGCAUCCACAAUUAAAUAGACAUUACCAAAUCAUGCUGUUUAUGUUGGAAUUUCUGUUUUUGUUUUGGUCAUUGCCCAUAUAGUCUAUCAACUGCUGUCAGCAUGUCAACAUUGCACACUGCACCUAAGGGUUUAUGUACAAGAAAUGUCUUCUUUUUUGUUUUGUUUUUUGAAAGAAGCAAUAUUAUUAACUAUUUUGAUAGAAGAGACAAGCCCAAUGCAAGAAAUACAAGACAGCUUGACAGAAAAACUAAAUAUGGUCAGUCACUCAGACAUCUGCCAGUUUAAUGAAAUGGAUGCAAUCUAUUCAAAUUCUGAACUCGUAGGUUCAACAACUGCUUCAAUUAACAAAUGCUCCCGGUACAAAGGCCAGGAGACCCUCAAGAAAGAAGUGACUGUUCAUAAACGGAUUAAAGUUCUUCUGAUAGUUCUCAGUGUCUGUCUGGUCUUUGCUUUCGGAGGAGUUUGUACUCUGGCGAUACUUCUUACACAUGCUACAUACUUCAAUGUGUCUGUGUCUGAUCAGGACAACAAUGCCACAGAUUACAAAGCACAGAUUGAUGCGCUUCAUAACCAGCAUGAGGAGACGCUUAGAAAGCUGAACAGAUUAAAUUACAGCACAGGUUGUGCUCUUUGUGCCGUCCACUGGGUUCAUUCUGGAGGAAAGUGUUACUACUUCUCUACAGUCAACAUGAACUGGACACAGAGUCGAGAUCACUGUGUGACUUUAGGAGGACAUCUAGUGAUCAUAAACAGCAAAUCAGAACAGGAUUUUGUUACUUCUAAUGUUAAAGUAACCCAUUGGAUUGGUCUCAAUGAUUUGGACACUGAGGGUCACUGGGUUUGGGUGAACAACCAGCCAGUUAAUGAUUCAGUAGAAUUCUGGAUUAAACGAGAGAACGGAAUCAGAGAGCCUGAUAACUGGACUAAAGACCAUCCGGAUGGUGAGGACUGCGCUGGUCUGGGACAUCCUGGUGGAGAGACGGAUUUCUGGUCGGAUGCUUACUGUUUUCUAGAGAAAAGAUUUGUGUGUGAAGCUCCUGCAGCAGUUUAGUUCACCGCUCCUGAAUAGAUUUUGGCCGAUUGCUCACUUUUAUUUUUCAAUGGAACACAAAGACAUAUUUUGAAGAAUGAAUGUACUUACAGUCCCCCCCCCCCCCCCCCCCCGAAACCCAGUAUUACAGCAUCAGUAUUGUAAAUUUUUUACAACUUUUUGUUUUUUAUUUAGUUCAAUAUUUUGUCAUUGCAACAUUUUAGUGUCAUUUUCACUUGAAACUGCAAUUGGAUUGAUAUUGUAAACCUUUUAAAAAGUUUAAUGUUAUCCAGCCAGACACUAUUGUGACCAUCACGAUGUUUACUCAUUCUUUGACCACAUUCAACAAAGCUGAAUAUAUGCAAAUUCAUUUAUUAAUCCUAGGCACCUUAAAGAUAAUGUGUACCAAAAAUAUUUGUCAUAUCUUUAUGUUGACAUACUUUACUAGCCUUUUGUUAUGGAGCAUUUCUGCAGUCAUCAUCUUUUCAUGGUGCAAACAGGAAAUAAACUGCUCUGUGAAACUGUU